AAUAAAGAGAUAGAAGAACUCACCAAGAUUUGUGAUGAACUGAUUGCCAAAAUGGGAAAAAGCUAACUUUGAACCAAGUGCUUGGACUUGGCCGUUUUGUGCAAUACGACCGUCAGCACACUGUUGUCCUUCCAAUUCCAUGGACAGGUUCUCUUCUCACUUUAUAUGCACUACUGUGUUCCCUCUAAACAAGGUUGGUUUGACCGUAUGCAGUGCCGACACCUACCAGGAUUCCUUGCUAUCCGUUUGCAUUUUCUAGUAUAAUUCAUAGCAAGUUGACCUCAGAGUUCCUGUAUCAGGGAGAUUGUCAGAUUCUCUAAAGAAAAAACAAUUUGCUGACCUUGGCCUUGACCUUUGGCGAGCAGCAUCUGAUGUGACAUGAACAUACACAGCCUGCAUAGGGACUCUUGCCUUAAAGAGUGUACAAUUGAUCCACAUUUGCUGGUUUGUUUUUUUUAAAAAUGCAUGUUUCAAAUAAAAUUCUCUAUUGUAAAUAAAUUUUUUUCUUUGAGUCUUGGCA